CCGGAGUUUCCUUUUGCCUCUUGGUCGACUCACAUCUCAUCGCUCGUCCUCUCUCAACUUUCUCCGCGAUCACCACUUCCAAGCCAGAUACGUAAUCGUUCCCAUUCCAAUCGAAAAAUAGGCUCUUUACGACGACAAAUCUCUCUUCUAAAUGUGACAUUUUGUGAGUCGCAGUCAGAGAGUCGACGCUACUUGAGAAAGCGAACCUUUACUUGAACAAGCGACGACGACGACCACGAGUACGAGGUGGUACAAUCCGAAAGAAUUUGCAGAAAACCAGCCAAUAAUACAAACACAGCGGUGGAGGAAGUGAGCUCAUUAAGGUUUGCGAGGUGGGCAGCAGUACUUUUGUGGAGUCUCAACCUGGAUAACUUUCUCCACUUGAGACUAAUCAUACCAAACCGAACCAAACCAACCAACUAGCCAGUCGACUACCCGGAUUUAUUCCCUCAACGCUGCUCCUCCUGUAUUGUUGUGUGGCGAAUUAAGGAAGGCGAUCUCAAGGAGGUAAAGUUUCCACUCAUCUGCAAAGAAGUCGCAUUGAUAGCGGUGCUACUCUUCGUAGUGCCACUACCCCACUUUACUUGACACCCUCCUGUUUCGACACCCACCACUUCGAGGACAAAAGACCUCGAGUGAUUUGAACAAUAUCUCGCAUUGCGGACGUUAACGAGUAGAGGAGUAGCGUGUGUGACUUGUCAACUUUAUCGCGUAAGUGCAUCCAAGGAGAGAACAUAUUCUGCAGGAAUACAGUAAGCCACGCUUUCAUUAUCUUCCAUCACGCCUAUUAAUACCCCACUUCUUCGACGACCACGGUUUCAUACAUAAAUAGUUGAAAAACAGAGUGGAUUUUAGCCACUGCACUGGAUCACUGCCCGACUAAUAAAUACGUGAAGAGAAACUCGGACAAACUGCAAACUUUCUCCUCACUCGAGGUGGGUUGGUUUGGUAAUCUGCAGAGUUAACUGGGAAACAAAAUCUGGGCAAGUUUAAGUCAGUCAGAACUACUCGUACCACGACUCACUCAAGGAACAAAGUAUCACAAAGCCAAGCACGCUAUCUGUACAUCGCCACCAGGCAGGAAUACUGUAGCAUAAUCGCGACAAAGUGGACGGGUGGAGAUGAAGGGACAAGAAGAAGUGUGCAAGGCUGCUUUCUGCUAAAUAAAUAGGCACAAUAUACAUACGGACGUACGUCGUGUGAGUCACAGAACUGAGAAAGAAAGUCUUUUCAUGUCAACGAGGACUACUGUAUGUGUGCACACUUUUGGAAUGGACUCACUCGUGCUGCUGGUCUUGCUUUCGCCUGGUAAAAGAUAGGCAGCCAAUCUAUUGAUUUUGAGUGUUUUGAGCAGCAGAAGAAGCAGAAAAAGAAGAAGAGGGAGUCUUAUACCUAAAAAAGAAGAGCAGGACCAAACAGGAAGAUUAACAUUCACAACUUUGUCUAAACCCAAUCCGAACUGGAUCUUUAUUUCAUAGUGGAAAAUUCCAAAACGGGAGGAAAGUCCGACAAAACGAGUCCCAUUCAAUAUUUACAAGAGGGGAGCGAGGAGGAAAAUGGUCUCGAUCUGAAUUUAAGAUCCGGCGUGAAUAAUGGAGGCAAUGCAUAGUUGAGGCAUGGUGAGUGGACGGACGCAGGAUGGAGAACAAAUGACAAUCCGACGACUUCCAGCCAUUAAGAGCCAGUCGUCCAUCUCUAUCCCCACUGCGUACCACUACUACUACCCACCCGUCGGAGGUGAGGGUUUCCACCCCUCCGCCGCCAUCAGUGUCGCUGCCCCGUUCGAAGUUGGGGGUGUGGUUUCUCGAGAGCAGCAAACACAACAACCGCGUCGACGUCCACUUGGUCCUGGUCAUUAUCAGAGAACCCUGUCCUCCUCGUCCCUGCUUACCAAUAAGGCUUCCGUGUCCAAGAGUCGGAGUGACUACUGCGGCGUGGGAAGGGGACCGCCGUCACCGCAGAAUUUUAGAGAAAGGCCGAUUGUUGGGUCUGGCAGCAGUUCAAACAUUGUCUACAUUGAUCGCGGUUUGAACGGGCUUGAACUCGGGGGGAAUUAUGGUCUUGGAGGAGGUUGUUCUACCAAUUUUGGAGGCGUAGGGCUACCCUCAUCGUCCACCACGAGUGGGAACAAUGGCAGAGAAUUCCGAGAACGGAGACUGAUUCGCGAGUCAUCCCAACCAAUAAUUGUUCAUGUUCCAAUCACCGCCCCAAAAGCGACGGCCACCACACUUUCAAGGGCCACGUCACCACCCCCACCUCAAUAUUUAUCCAGUCUCGCGGCUGCGUCCUCCUCCUCCGCCACCUGCUCCUCCUCAAGCCCCAAGAAGAAAUGUAGACCCAAACCACCCGAAUUUUUGAAGAAACUCGGCCGCAGGAAGGACCCCAAUGAAGACGACGACAACGACACCAACUCGUCAGAAACGGACGUAGAGGAGAUCAAGAACGAGCUUAAACCUGGGGUGAGCAGUACUACGCAGAGGAAAACGAUCACAGGUGGUGAUCAGACAGCACUAAUCCUGGACGAGGAGAAAAACUCCCCAAAGGUCGUCGUACCUGCCCAUUUGGCCAAAUACGCGAGGAAUGCUCCCCUGCGGAAGGUGAACCAUCCUCUCGAAGAGAAUAUCUUCUCCAGCCUCAUAAUUACUCUGGUCGCCGUGGGACUGGCCCUUAUCAUUGGAAUUCCUGUUUUGUUCUUCACCGGAACCUUGCUCGUCGUUGCGAUCGUUCUUCGCUACUCACUCUUCCUCCUUCACGGUGUUUACUCAUAUUUACGCUUCAUUUGCUCAAAUCGCGGUCACCUCUCUUCCACUGCCCGGUCCACGACUCCUCCCAUAAUCUUCCCUCGGGACAGGCUUGCUUUCUCGAAUGAUGUGAGAUGGUUGGGACGACGGGGACGGAGGGAGGCUCAGGCAAUUCUACAAACCUUGCUCGUCUUCGAUGGGAGUCUGGAUCUUGGGAGUUUGAGACAUUUGAUCCUCACCAGAGUGGUUCAUGCAGAGACGCCCGAAGGUGAAUUGGCCUACCCACGACUAAUGCAGAAAGUAAGCCCCUUCCCGGCAGGGUACAGGUGGGAGCUGGAUGUUGCUUUUGACAUUCAAAACCACGUCAUUGCGGGUCCGAGCUAUAUCCGAAAUGAGAAGGAGAUCCAGGAGUAUUUGAGUCUUCUUUUGACGGAGCGGUUGUCACUGGCCAAGCCGCUGUGGGAGAUCAGAGUCAUUACCAAUUACGGCGUUCAAAAGGAUACAAUCGCAAUUUUGAGGGUACACCAAUGUUUAGCGGAUGGGAUGACUUUGGUCCGAAUUUUGAGCCACUCACUGGCAGACCAGGCACAGAUGCAUAUUCCUCAAAGACCUCACUUUGCCGGACUUAGUUUUGGCUUUAACGUUAUUCGUUCACUGAUUGUGGGGCCACUGACGUUUUUCAUGUGGUUGCUCACGACCUUCAGAGAUGCCAAUCUGUUCUCAGUCCCGCUCAGGUGGGGAAGAAAGUCUUGGUGGCCGAUGUGGAGGAGGAGGAGACAAACUGCGAAUGAUGAAGAAAGCGGCGGCGGUGGUGGCGGUGGGAGAAAGCAAUCGCCCACUAAUUGUGGUAGGAGACUGGCGAGCGACGUGGAGGAAAGCAGUGCUGCUGGGACCAAUGGGGAACAAGUCACAAACAGCAGCAGCAGUCCGUUAUCUUUUCCCAGAGAAAGCAAACCCACGCCACAAAAGAAAGUUGUUGCGAUGAAAAACAAAGGAUCAACAGUGACUACUAAAAAAUGUAGAAGGCAACAGCAGCCAAAGAAGAAUAGCGGCGGUGGACCCAGGCGGGCUUCUCCGUGGAAUGUGGUGUGGUCUGCUCCGGUCUCCGUCCCCAAAGUGGCCAGGGUCAAACAAAUCAUGAGGAGUUCUUUGAACGACGUCCUUCUCACCGCGGCUGCUGGCAGUGUUCGCUCCUACCUCCAAAAAUUAGGGAUUCCUUGUCCCGAUGACGUAAAGGUGGUUAUUCCCAUCGAUCUUCGAAAUGACAUCACAUCCCCAAAGUCAUCCACGAAAUUGGGCUGCAAAGUGGCAUCCGUCUUGGCCACGAUUCCUUCCGGAAUGGAAGGAGCCAUUCCUCGCAUGUGGGCUACACGACAUCGCCUGGACGAGUUGAAGGCAUCGGCUGACCCGGUCGUGGCGUAUGGUGCGACCACCGUCCUCAUGAACAUUCUCCCCCAUCCUCUCGGGGUCGCGCUGCUGGACAAUAUUACCAACAAGGCUUCCCUCCAGUUUAGCAACCUCCCAGGCCCGACACACACUUUGGUUGUGGGGGGAUUUCCACUCAAAGGCAUUUAUCCCAUUUAUCCACCUUCGGGCAAGAUCCGAGUGGGAAUUUCUGCAUUUUCAUAUGCUGACCAAGUCCAUCUCACCGUAGUUUCACACCGGUCGCUACCGAAUGCAGGACCCUCUCUGCUUCAAGGGAUCACGGCCCAGGUGGACCAACUCUCGAAACAACUUUCUCAGCGUCGUGUUCCUGGGGAGAGUCGAAGAUCUGCGAGACAUUCUUCCCUCAACAAUCCGGAAAUGACGAAACCUCCGACCAGACAAAUCCACAUGCAGCUUCAAGUGGUGCAGGAAGAGCUUCAACAGUUGAGCCAUCGUCUGGACACGCCGAAAAUGGGAGUGGUGUUGAGUGCGGGGUCGGACGCUGGUGAGGAGAAUUUGCACUCAUCCGACGACGAGUCUCUUGGGGGUGGGGUGUCAAUGUCUUCGCGUUCUCCGGCCGACCAAGCUCAGCUCCGCACCCGGCUGAAAACACUCAAGACCGAGUUUAGCGAGCUUAUUGGAGAACUUCGACGUCGUUCUUCCAUCGUCGAGGGGGUUCCCAUGUCAUUCGAGGACGAAGAAUGCGAGGAUGACUAUCGCAAGCCGAGGAAACGAGCUUUAUCCGUCGUGUCGAUGUCCAUGUCUCGAAGGAACAGCAUUUUUUCGGGAAGGUCUCUGACGACCCCGGAGUCAUCGGGGUGCUACUCCUCCUCCGACGAUGAUGACCACCCAUCCAGCCCGUCCCACGAGGUUCGGAUGUUCAACCCCAACGCGGCCAACAAUAUGCGCUUGUCUUCUUCCCCCAUCCGAACCACUGCGGUUUAAGUAUGAUAGAUAAGCUGUGUGUAUGAUAAGCUAUGAUAACUCCAUGGCUUAUCUUCCUUUCAUCAUCUUCCCACUUGUCAAUCUUCCCUGUCGUGAAUAGAACGAUGACUGUGUAUCAAUCAGAAAACCAUUAGUGUAAGUACUUUCUCCCCCCUCUUACGUCCUUCUUCACCCCGACAAAAUUUAUUCUACUGGAAUAUUUGAUACUCCACCAAGUGAACGAAACAAUAAGAAUGUAGUUGUAAGAAAGCAGUGAAAAUCAUACCCUUUACAAAUUUUGGAACGCUUUAAAUAUUUAAAUAAUUUGCAUUUUUGUGUCUCUAAGCAUAUUUACAUACAUAUGUAACUUAACUCUUGUUAAACUAAUGAUGUAUGACUACUAAAUAUUUCAUAUUCGCAAUUUGCCAAAGUUGGAAAUCUCAAUGUGUUUUGAAAGGUGUUCUGGCAGCGUGUGGGAUUAUUUUUCCUCCAAAAAUAUGCAACCUAUGUGACAUCUACUGCGUGUAAUUGCCAUGUGAUAAAUAUAUAAAUACUUCUAUCUAUGUGUGCUAGAUAAAUAGAAUCAAUGUGAAAUCAACUGUGUUAAAUUUUAAAAAGGAACAAAAACUGAAAUCUGUGUAUGUAUCUGGUCAUGAAUCAAGUGAAAAAGAAAUAAAGUCUGUAAUUGAAAGGUUA